AUGGCCGAGACCGCUCCUCGUUCUGCGUCUCCGCCGCCACCCGGCCCUCGCCCCAUACGUCGACUCCAGGAGUCCGUUAUCAAUCGCAUUGCUGCUGGCGAGAUCAUCCACCGCCCUGCGUCUGCACUCAAGGAGCUUAUUGAGAACAGUCUCGAUGCCGGUGCCACGUCUAUCAAGAUCACCGUCAAGGACGGCGGCAUGAAACUGCUUCAAAUUCAAGACAACGGCUCCGGCAUCCGGAAAGACGACUUGCCUAUCCUGGCAGAACGCUUUACGACGUCAAAGCUCUCAACGUUCUCAGACUUGAAGCGGCUGACGACGUACGGCUUCCGAGGAGAGGCGCUUGCCUCCAUCUCCUAUGUGUCCAACCUGACCGUCGUCACAAAGACGAAGACUGACACAUGUGCCUGGAAAGCUGUCUACGCAGACGGUGCCUUAGUCCCCGUGAAGCCCGGUACGAGCAAGGAUCCGAAGCCUUGCGCCGGCAACGACGGCACAACCAUCACCGUAGAGAACCUCUUCUACAACACGCCUACGAGGCUCUCCGCUCUUCGCGGCUCCUCCGAGGAGUACACGCGCAUCCUCGAUGUGGUAACCAAAUAUGCCGUGCACAAUCCUCAUGUAUCCUUCACAUGCAAAAAAGUUGGCACACCAUCGCCGGACGUCUCUACGCCUUCAUCGUCCACGACCGUGCAAGCGAUUCAGCUCCUCUAUGGUCAAACCCUGGCUAAGGAACUGCUCAAUGUCUCUGUCUCGUCCGACAAGGGUAAAGGGAAGGGAAAGGCUCGCGCUACGUCACCUAUUCAGCUCAGCGACGACGACAACGACGAAGAUGCCGAAGCUUGGAACGCAGAAGCGCAUUUCACUAACGCAAACUACCAAGCAAAGAAGAUGGUGCUGUUGCUCUUCAUCAACCACCGAUUGGUGGAAUCGUCAAGGAUCAAGAAAGCGCUCGAAGCGGCGUACAACGGGGUGCUCGCCAAAGGCGCAUCGCCCUUUGUCUACCUGAGCUUACACAUCGACCCACGCUCUGUCGAUGUCAACGUCCAUCCAACAAAGAAAGAAGUGCACUUUCUCAACGAGGACGCGAUCAUCGAGCGCAUAGCGGACGCUAUGCAAGAAGCGCUCAUUGGCCAAAGCCACUCGAGGACAUUCGAGUACCAGACGCUUUUGACUGGAGGCAUCGCCGAACCUCCUGGUACACUGAAGGCCAAGGGUAAACGCAAAGCGCAGUCGGAAGACGCGGAUGAGGAUGAAGGCGCUGCCGAAGACAGUCAAGAUAAUCCGCCUGAAGGAGAAGCCGCAGCGGCAGCGUCUCACCCCACGAAGCGCAAAGUGUACUCUCAUCAUAAAGUCCGGACUUCUCUCAAAGACAGAACAUUGGACUCAAUGUUUCCCGUCGCACACCCGUCCCAACGACCGAGCAAGGAAAGCGAGGCGGAUGGAGCAGCAUCUCCAGGAACACCCCCAGUUCUCAGGACACAAGAGAUAAAAGAGUCUCAAUGCUUCCUCAAGUCCGUCAGGGAUCUACGCGCCGCAGUGGUCAAAGCCAGACACCAUCAGCUUAGCGAGAUCCUCGCGAAGCACACCUUUGUGGGCGUCGUGGACGCGCCCCGGUGCCUGUCGCUCGUGCAGCACAACACGCGGUUGUACCUCCUGAAUCACGGCGCGCUUGCCGCGGAGCUUUUCUAUCAGCUCGGGCUUCGCCAGUUCGGAAACUUCUCGCGCAUUCGCCUCGAUCCUCCGCCGAACCUGCGCACGCUUGUAUCGCUGGCCGUCGACGCGGAGGAGGGCGUGGAGGAGAGCGGAUUCAGUAAGGACGAGGUCGUCGAACAAAUCGUCGAGAUCGUGAUGGCGAGACGGGAUAUGCUGCAAGAGUACUUCAACCUCGCGAUCUCGGAGGAGGGGCUGGUCGAGACGCUCCCCAUGCUCCUCCGGGACUACACCCCGAACCUCGAUAAGCUGCCGCUGUUCCUGAUGCGACUUGGUCCACAGGUGGACUGGACAGCAGAGCAGGAAUGCUUUGGCACCUUCCUCCGUGAGCUCGCAUUCUUCUACGUGCCAGAGCCCCUUCUCCCCGAGUGCGACGCGGACGCGAGAGACCAGGCGCAGGACGCUCAGAAGGCCAUGCUGUGGCAGAUACAGCAUGUCCUUUUUCCCGCGAUGGCGCGGUACCUUGUCCCGCCCAAGUCGCUGUUAGAUCGCGAUGUCGUGCAGGUGGCUGACCUGCCAGACCUGUACCGCGUCUUCGAGAGGUGCUAA